AUGUACAUAAACCUUGAUCAGAAUUUUCAAAUAUGUGUGUUCGAUUUUUCCACCUCCAUGUGGAUCAAUCUAUUUAAUCCAAUCAUGGGAAAAUCGGAAUCAGACUGGUCCGACUCCAAUUCAAUCUCUUGGCCGUUUUAA